AGAGAGAGAGAGAAGAGAGAGAGAGAGAGAGUGAGUGUGAGAGUGUACACCACCCACUCCCACUACGCACAUUAUUACUCUUCUGGUCCCAAAAUCCCACUGAUCUCAUUUGUACCCACCAUUAUUAUCAUCAAAACUACACAAAUUUAUAUUCUGGUUUUACUUUUUUGCAAUAAUCCACAACCCCCUUCCCACUCACCAUUCACCAAACUUAAUUUAUUCAUAAUAAUAAUAAUAAUAAUAAUAAUCUCUCACUUUCCCUUUCCUUUACUCCCACUCGUCUCCUCCACCUCGGUCCCUUUUCUUUCCCCGCUCCUCGAUCACACUCUAAUACAGGAGUCGCAGAGUUUAAAGAGAGAGCGAGAGAGAGAGGAAACAGGGGAAGCAGGGGAGAACAGGGGAAAGAGGGGUGGGGGAGGAGAUGAGCAUGUACGGGAGGGAUCCGUGGGGGGGGCCGCUGGAGAUCUCGCACGCGGACUCGGCGACGGACGACGACCGGAGCCGGAACCUGGAGCUGGACAGGGCGGCGCUGUCGCGGACGCUGGACGAGACGCAGCAGAGCUGGCUCCUGGCGGGGCCCGGGGAGCAGGGGAAGAAGAAGAAGAAGUACGUGGACCUGGGCUGCCUCAUCGUCAGCCGCAGGAUCUUCCUCUGGGUCGUCGGCGCCGCCCUCGCCGCCGCCCUCCUCGCCGGACUCGUCGCCGUCAUCGUCAAGGCCGUGCCGCACCACCGCCCCCCGCGCCCCGAUAACUACACCCGCGCGCUCCGCAAGGCCCUCAUGUUCUUCAACGGCGCCGCAGCUGGGCGGCUUCCGCGGCACAACAAUGUAUCAUGGAGGGGGAACUCCGGGAUGAAGGAUGGGUUCUCGGACCCUUCUUAUGGAAAGAGCCUCGUCGGUGGGUUCUACGAUGCCGGCGACGCUAUCAAGUUCAACUUCCCCGCCUCCUUCGCCAUGACCCUCCUCAGCUGGAGCGUCAUCGAGUACAGCGCCAAGUACGACGCCGCGGGCGAGCUCGGCCACGCCCGCGAGAUCAUCAAGUGGGGCGCCGAUUACCUGCUCAAGACCUUCAAUUCGUCGGCCGACACCAUCGACCGUGUCGCCGCCCAGGUAGGAACAGGGUCUACGUCAGGAGGGACGACGCCAAAUGACCACUACUGUUGGAUGAGGCCCGAGGACAUCAACUACCCAAGGCCGGUGUCUGAAUGCCACAGCUGUUCAGAUCUCGCGGCUGAGAUGGCCGCGGCAUUAGCUGCAGCUUCCAUCGUGUUUAAGGACAGUAAGAGCUACUCGCAGAAGCUGGUUCGUGGAGCCACGACCCUCUUCAAGUUCUCGAGGGACCAGAGGGGAAGGUACAGUUCGGGGGGCACUGAUGCUUCCGUCUUCUAUAAUUCGACUAGUUAUUGGGACGAAUUUGUCUGGGGCGGGGCAUGGAUGUAUCUCGCAACGGGGAACUCUUCGUACCUGCAGUUGGCUACUCAUCCUGUAUUGGCAAAGCACGCGGGGGCGUUCUGGGGAGGCCCUGAUUAUGGGGUUUUCAGUUGGGACAAUAAGCUCACGGGUGCUCAAGUUCUUCUUAGCAGAUUGAGGCUCUUCUUGAGUCCUGGUUAUCCGUAUGAAGAAAUGCUGAGGACUUUCCACAACCAAACAGGCAUUAUAAUGUGCUCGUACUUGCCGGUUUUCACGUCUUUCAACCGAACACGAGGUGGAUUGAUUCAACUCAACCACGGACGGCCUCAACCUCUUCAGUAUGUAGUCAACGCGGCUUUUCUCGCUUCUCUGUACAGUGAUUAUCUUGACGCCGCUGACACUCCUGGAUGGUAUUGUGGGCCCAAUUUCUACUCCACUGGGGUUCUUCGGGAUUUUGCGAGAACCCAGAUUGAUUACAUCCUCGGGAAAAACCCGCGAAAGAUGAGCUAUGUGGUGGGAUUCGGUAACCGAUACCCUAAGCAUGUCCACCACCGAGGCGCGUCGAUCCCCAAGAAUGGCGUCAAAUACAACUGCAAAGGAGGAUGGAAGUGGCGGGACACCAAAAAGCCGAACCCUAACACGAUAGUUGGAGCUAUGGUCGCCGGACCUGAUCGGCACGACGGGUUCCGAGACGUUCGAACCAACUACAACUACACCGAGCCAACCCUUGCGGGCAAUGCCGGUUUGGUUGCCGCAUUGGUGGCUCUAUCCGGCGAGUCAAGUGGACUGGACAAGAACACCAUGUUUUCUGCAGUCCCUCCAAUGUUUCCGACUCCCCCGCCGCCCCCCGCUCCAUGGAAGCCGUGAAAGCCGAACUCACCGAUUUCUUUAUACCUCGCAGUGCUGAGAUUACUAUAUUUACUUGCAUUCUCAGUUUCGCCGAUCUAACAGUGAUGAAAAUGGCGUGGAAUUCGAUCGCGAGCAAUCGACGAUGUGAAUUUCGGCAAUUCAACUAUUUUUGUAUGUUUUAUUGUAUCAUUAUUACUCUUUGAAGCUGAAACAUAUAAUUUACAUUCACAUUGUUGUAGCUUGUAGCCCAAAACUGAGACUCGGUCUGUUCAGUAGCUAUAUAUUAUAUAUAUACACCAAUUGAUUUGUUAUUUUGGAUUGUU